CCCAGAGAUAACCUUCAAUAUUUGAUUCUUGUUAUCUUGAAGCCUUAAGGUUGAUUUUCUGCGAUUGAUUUCAAACAGAAAAUUUUUUUUUUUGCUAACGCCCAUAAGCGCUUCGACUUUUUUCAACUUUAAUUCUAAAAAAUUACACCAUGUUUGGUUCUAAAGCCGUACAAGCGUUGAGGCAGUUCUCAACUACUGCAGUCAGAAGAGGACACGCAUAUGAAGGUCCCGGACAUAAUUUGCCAUUUGAUGUGUUCAGCAAGUACAAGUUUACUUUUUAUACUGCAGUUUUCUUUAGCACUGGUUUUGGUCUUCCGUUUUUAAUGGUUAGAUACGUUAGGAAGAGGAGUGGAUAAAAUGUUGUCAUCAAUUAUUCAUGUUUAAAUGAAAACGCAAUCAUUCCAUAGAACAUUUAAUUACUUAUGAUUAUUAUGAAACAAUUUUUUUAAAACCUAGUACAAUGGUUUAUUUAUAUUUUUCUGUUAAAUUCAAUAAAUGAACUUCAAAAUUAUA